UUCCAUGGCAGUUAGGGACCCUGGUCUGCUGAAUGGUUUGGGGGACUUUUCUUGGAUCUGGAGCUCAAAUUCCUAAUAAGAGGCCCCCCACCCAUUCUUUCCCAGACCCCAGGCCCUAUGUUGGCAACUGACUGCCUGAUGGAAAUAUUCAGAAGAUGAUGGACAAUAAAAAGCAAUCGCCCUCGGAUCAUCGCCGGAACUCCGCAUUGCCCUUGCAAUGGAGAAUGACACAUAGCUCCCGCUGGAUGGCGCAGGUGGCAGCCUCAGAGCUCAGCCUAGUGGCCUUCAUCUUCAUGCUGAUCAUGGUCUUCUCCAAGAAAUGGUUACACCCCUCCGGGAGCCGCUUCUAUAAGCGCUAUCCCAAGGAUAUAAACAACAUCAUCCAUACCUCAGUCCACGUCAUGUCCCUGGGGCUGCUGUAUACCUGCCCAGAUAGGAGCUGUUCCCAAGUAGAAAAUGAGAAAGACACUUUUAAGAUAUGGACGAAUCACCCACUCUUUGGGGUAGCCAAGGUAAUCUUCAGCUUGGCGCUGGGGAUAGGCUUCCUGCUCACCAUCUGGUUGCACUUGCCGUACUUGCCCGGUCUUCAGAAAGUGCCUGCCUUUGGCUUGAUUGGAACCAUCAUGAGCUUCUGUGAAGUCACCCUCAUUUUCUCUGUCCUCCUGUUGUACCCUAUUAACCUCUGGAUCUUCGAGGUGAAGAAGAAUCUGUCUGUUCCCCUUGGUUGGAGCUAUUUCAUUGGUUGGCUGGUAUUUAUCCUAUAUGUCAGUUGUGGAAUCCUUUGCUAUUUGAACUACAGAACUUUCUGGAGUGUGAUUGUGAACCAUCCCUCUCACACCGGGUCCUGCAGUAUUAGUGGCGGCUCAGUGAAAGACACUCUGAAUGAUCAGACUAUAUCAGAAACCAAUCAACGGAAGUUCCUGGAUCGUGAGCAAAAGAAUUAUACAUCUGCCAAGUUAUCCAUUCACGUAAAUCCUUCUAAUGACCAUUCCCCAAAAUCUUGAAUAGGUUGGCCCUCAAUUUUGUAAGAAAUGAGAAAAAGAAAGAUUUGGGGCCAGCUCUGUACUCCUUUUCCUUGUCCCUGCCUUGCUUGUAGCUUGGAUGAUGUGAAAUAAACUAUCCAUCUCUUCCUUA